AGCUUGUUGGUUCGCACGCUGACGAGCGGACGCGUUAUCCAAUGCGAUUGCCCCGAUGAAAUUUUAAGAACUGUACUGACGUCGCCCUUAACCAAUCUAAAGUCUAUAAACCAUCCCCGCGCACGAUCCUCGUAACUGCCCCUUUGAUCGAGGAUGGGACGGUGGACUUCUGGGAGUUUGAUUCGCGCGUAUAAAAGCCAAAAGAUGCGAAUUACGCGCAUUAGUGCGCGUGCUUGAUUCACGUUCGGGAAUCGAGGCAUAAUACAAAACUCCUCAAGAGUGGGAAUCACGAGCAAUAGUUAACGGAAAACGGUGCGCUCGUCCCGUGACCCAUCUUUCAGAAACUGAGGAUGCACAGUAUCCAUGAUGGUUCAAACGUAACAAUCGCGCAAAGGGCAACAUAGUUUCACUUUCAGAGCCACAAUGGAGACGGUUUCAGCGCUCCACGCCGCGCGGAUAGGGAGGGCGUGCGCCUCAACGAUUGGGGUAAAGUCAUGUUGAACGAUUUAUAUCGCGACCUACGUGCUUCAAGAAAGUCCAUUCUGUUCCAAUCGCCAGCAGAAAGGCGUGGCCGCCCAAAAUCUUCGACGAAUCGUGAAAAAAUGGGAGGGCGCGAGCGAUCUGCGUGAUGUCCUCUCUGAAGGGCGAUAUUGAAGAUUCUGCGUGAGGUUAGAUUGUGGCCAGACCCAAAUGAAAUGAGUGGCUGACGAUUGACCUCCUGCCGCCCAACUUACCAUCACCAGCAACCUGUAGCAUCAAACCAGUGCCUCUUCACCAGCCUGAUUCACAAACACACCCACCCACAUCUACACAAUAACCCAACAGAACACCAUCAGACUGUGACAUCAGGUGCAAGGGGAUGACCGAACGCAUUCACCACAUUAAUCUCCACAACUUUAGCAAUUCUGUACUCGAGACCCUCAAUGAACAGCGGAACCGUGGGCACUUCUGUGACGUGACUGUUCGGAUCCACGGUAGCAUGCUGCGAGCUCACCGUUGUGUGCUGGCUGCGGGGAGCCCCUUCUUCCAGGACAAGCUGCUCCUGGGCUACAGCGACAUCGAGAUCCCCUCGGUGGUUUCCGUACAGUCUGUCCAGAAGCUAAUCGACUUCAUGUACAGCGGCGUGCUGCGGGUCUCCCAGUCCGAGGCCCUGCAGAUCCUCACGGCCGCCAGCAUCCUUCAGAUCAAGACCGUCAUCGACGAGUGCACCCGCAUAGUUUCGCAGAACGUCGGCAUCGGAGGGUCAGGCAGCUUCCCCGUGGUCCCAGGCGAUUCGGGGCAAGAGACGCCGCGCGGAACGCCCGAGUCCGGCACGUCCGGUCCCAGCAGCGAUGCCGAAUCGGGCUACAUGCAGACGACGGGGCAGAGUCUCGAACGCGUUUAUUCCUCGCUUUAUUCCAACUGCUCUGGGUUGGGCCUGCAAAACGGUACCCGUGGAAACCGCUCCCACUAUGGCGGUACGGUGGUCGCGACAAGCUACGACUCACCCCUUCCACUACAACAGAAGGAAGGAGGGCAGGACCCCGCCUGGAUCACGCGCAUCCACGAGCGUUCUCAACAGGUGGAGCGUUACCUGACCACGGAGACCACACACUGCCGCAAGCAGCCUCGCCCUGUCAGGCUGAAUCCGGGCGACGUUUACAUCAAACAGGAGCAAGGGGACGAGUACAACUGCUACGCGCUGGAGGACUGCCGCGAGGACAGCGAGCAGCCGGAGUGCAACGACAGCGAACCCAAGGGCGAGAGCUUCGACUCGGGCGUCAGCUCCUCCAUCGGCACCGAGACCGAUUCCGUCGAGCAGCCGUUCAUGCCUGGGUUCGGUCGGGAGAACUGUCAAAAUAAAGGCCAGCAAGGCGAGGGUGAAACUCCCGUGCAGAUCGAGGUCAACGACUCCUCUCCCGAGCAGACUCAAGAGGUUGUUGAGGACAGCGGAGGAAACGGGCAGCCGCAAGAAAGCGGCGAACUCGGAAUCCAUCAGUCCCCUCAAGCCAACCUCGCGGCCUCUCAAUCCAUGCCGGGUGGGCAAAUGUAUCUGCGGCCAGGUGAGCCACUCACCAGCAACCUGCGUAUGCCCCUUACCUUGACCAGCAACACCCAGGUAAUGGGAAGCGCAGGAAACAGUUACUUGCCCACGCUCUUCGCGACCCAGACGGCGAGCGAAAACAAGCCUUUCCUCUUCAGUCUGCCCCAGUCCAUCGGGAAUCAGCAGCCCCAGUUUGUGGCAGUGCCCUCUCCCAGCAUGCCUCCGUUUUCCGGCGGAUUGACGGUGCCACCUGGUGGAGGUCAACCGCAAGGUGGUGGAGCAGUUGGGGAGAAGAAGCCCUACGCAUGUACUCUCUGUUGUAAGACCUUUACUGCCAAACAAAACUACGUCAAACACAUGUUUGUGCACACCGGAGAAAAGCCGCACCAGUGCAGCAUCUGCUGGCGCUCGUUCUCGCUGAAGGAUUAUCUCAUCAAACACAUGGUCACGCACACAGGCGUCCGAGCGUACCAGUGUAGCAUCUGCAACAAGCGCUUCACCCAGAAGAGCUCGCUUAACGUCCACAUGCGCCUGCACCGCGGAGAGAAGUCCUACGAGUGCUACAUCUGCAAGAAGAAGUUCUCCCACAAGACCCUGCUGGAGCGUCACAUGGCCCUGCACAGCACCGGAAGCGGCGUCCCCGCAGUCAACUCCGCGGGGAGCGCCGGAGGCCCCGCCUCCAUCCCGGUUCCCAUGGCUGUUCCCGAGCCCGGAGCGGGAGUGGUGGCUCUAGCCAUGCCGGUGGGAGCGGGUGGAGCGGGGGCCGGAGUCGGAAGCACCGGAGUGGGCGUCGCCGCGGAAGCCAGCUGCCAGGAGGGGACCACCUACAUGUGCUCCGUGUGCCCAGUCAAGUUUGACCAAAUCGAGCACUUCAAUGACCACAUGCGCAAGCAUGUCUCCGACGGAUAAGUACAAACAAACAAAAAACUUACGUAAACACGAGAAAGAAUGAAAGGAUAACGAAAAUGGCACUAGUUUUUUUUUCUUAUAUUGGGCAUGAAGAGUAAUGAGUAUAGACACUGGCACAUUAAGUUUUCUAGAAAAAGAAGCGUUUAAUUUCUUUCUUUUUUUUGUCCUUGCUAUUCUUAAAGAAUAAAAAUGAUGGUUGCCUUAAGGCUGUGUAGUUGGAUAAUGAUCCACUGGCUGGAUCCAUACUACUGGCCUCUAAAUGUAUGCUUUCCUUAAAAUACUGAUUUAUGUGUUGAACACUACCGAAAGGCCUGCGAAAGAACACACACACACACAAACGCGAGAAAAACAACAACAAGAAGAUACACACGCACACAAAUACACACAGUCCUGCAUGCACUCACACGCACAAAUGACUUAUACACACUUAUAUAUGGUAUAGAGGUAUUUUGUACGUAUGUGUAUUUGUGCAUGUGAGCGUGCGUGUGCCCGAAAGUAAACAUUGCAGUGGAUUUUUUUAAAUUUUAGAUCUUUUCCCAUGUAGACCGUAUUGGACACUAUAAACGUCCAAGCUUACUGUGGUAUAGAUUUAAAAACAAACGAAAAAAAAGUCAUUUGGCUCUAGAUUCAUUCGAAAGUAACGAUGGUCACGUGUUUGCCUUUUAUGUGUGCUAAGAUUAGGAGAGUCGUUAAAUUUGACACUGGGUUUUUAUUUAUUAUUAUGGCAUUGAGGGAUUUCGAUGUUGUUGGUGUUGUUGUCAAGCCAGUUUUAAUAACUGUACUAAAAUGAGAAUUGUUUGUGGAUUAAUGAACGAUUAUUAUGGUAUUUUCUUUUCCCGCCACAAUUUUUUGAUGGUUCAGGUCAAGUUUACAAAAAUAUAUAAGCGUUUAUAAACGACAGUAUUCGAGAAUUUCCGAAAAUUCGUUUCGCAUACACUGCCACUACAAAGACUGUUAGCUGAACUCUUCCGCUUCAAAACAACGAAAUGUGACAUAAAGUCCCGGUUUCAUUCAGGACGAUUGGUUUGUUCUGUUCAUUUACUCCACGCUUCUGUUCGAAGACGCAAGAAAACGGCAGAUGUUAGUAUGCAAACAGCCCAGAAUCCAAGUUAUCUGCUGCUUGUCACGCGCUCACUUUGAGACUGUUAUCAGCUGUCGAAUCACAGCGUGAUGUGCACAUUUCUUCGAUUGUUGAAAUGUUAAGCUAUCUGGAGUCACGGGCUGGAUAAGAUCAAAUAAAGCAAGAAUGAGCAGAAACCGUAUGUCCGGUUAGUGGCGAUACCGAAACUCGGCCGUUUGGGCUCAGAGGGGCGGUUGAAAUGCACUACUCCUGAUCCUAAAAAAGUCCCUCGUAGAGGCCCGAAUGGCCGGUGCGGUUUAUCGCCCUGUGGGAUCUAUAGAUGAAGCUAGCUAGAGUAACUGAGGGAUAUACUGAAGGGACACAAGGCAACAGAAAACAUCCACUGAACCACAAUAAAAUAAACACGGUCAUUCUUUUUUAAUAUACCACAGAUUCACAGAAGAAGAAAAAAAACUCUCCAGAAACAUUCCCAGUUUUAUCGAUAUAUCUAGACAUUGUGUGUGUUUUUCGGAAGUGAGAAAAGAAGGGUUGUAAUUUUGGUGUUACGUCACACAAAAGCUCUGUGUUUAUAUUUGGCUUUGUCGUACACGUGUUUCACGGAUAUUAGAGACUCGUCUGCCGCGCAACUGCAAUCUGGCAAUUUUUGCUCACUUAUUUGAGUAGAUACACCUUUGUAGUGUACUUCAAAUGUUCGCAAUUUAUUCGACCUUCUUCCUGUUCGGAUUCUGGUCGAAUAAGUUGUAGGUUUUUUUAAAUAAGUAAAAAAAUAACAGUGCUACUUUGCACAUUUAUUUCAAGAUCCUGUGCUUAAACGUUGAUUUGUUUUACUUAAGAAAUGAAAUUCUAUGAUUUUCAUUUUUUUUGUUUCGUUGUUUAUAAAGGAAAUAUCUUUCUUAAAAGCUUGAUAAGAGGACUGCAUUGUUUUCUUGCAUAUAUGUUGCACUGUUUAAACCAAUAAGUGCACUACUGUUUCCAGAGAUGUUAUAGUUUCUAGAGAUAAUCAUUUUUUUUUUUUAUCAAAAAUAUUUGGUUCUAUAGUUCACUUGUGUUUUAGUAGCUUUGUUCCUUUCACUUCUGUUUUUAUUUUAAUAUUUUUUUGAAUGAUGAGUUGAUUAAACUUGUCUUGGCUUUGUUAUCAUCACUUGCUAUUGUAUUUACUUUGUGCCGUUUAUGCAAGCAUUUAUUUUCUUUAUUUAUAUUCAAACCAUUGUGAGCUUGUCCCAGAUGCUUACAAUGCGUUCCUUACACCACUCCCAUCCCAACACCAACACAAUUCAUUCAUUACAGCAAAUGCUUGGUUUUCUCAUUCAUACCAAACCUAAUUUAAAAAAACUUCAAAAAUCCAAAAAAAUAUAAAAAAAAGAAAAAACAAUAGUAGUGUGUGCCUAAAUAUAUGAUACAUGUCUUUUAGAACAAGUACGUUUUUAUGAGAGGGUCGUUGUGCAAAGCUUUUUGUGCUGUCUAGGGAUCAAAUGCAUUUACUUGUGUUUGUUUGUAUAAGCGUGCGUGUGUGUGUGUGCGUGUGUGCAAUAUGUUUGUGUGUGUGCGCGUGUGUGUUGUACAAUCUGUGAUGCCUGGACUGUAGGGCUUCCUUUGCAAUAUGCAGUACAGGUACGGCAACAUUAACAACAUUUGACAUACUUAAGAGUGCAUUUGGUAAUUAACAAUCAUUUCUGUUUUCCCUAAAUAACACGAGAAUAACGUGACAUUUGUUAAGGCCCUUGCUUUAUGAGAGUUUAGUGAAACAAACUUCUGCAUCGUUCUUCAGUGCUUUGAGACCAAACUUUUCACUUUUUUACUCAAUUAUGCUGCAAAGCUUGGCUACAGGCUGUGCUGUAUCGGUCUGAGGUGUUGCCUUAGACUCAGAUAUGAAUUUGUUUAUCUGUCGUUCUAAUUGUAAAUCGAUCUCAGACUGGUUAUAUAUGGCAGGCGCUCUCUUUGUAUCGGUUGUGUAGAAACGUGUUGGUUGUUUUUCACCUGUUUUCUUUGACAGUGAAGGAGAUGUUUGACGGUGGAGCCUGUUGUCGUAUCUCACCUCUUUAUAGUUUGUCAGUCGAUUAGUUGGCGUUAUCUGUGCAACCUGUGAUUUGAGCAGAUCAAAGUGUGAAUAAUAUGUCAGAAACUAAAAUAAAGCGAAUAGCAGCUGGUAAUCAUCAUGAUAAAAUCAUUUACCGUCCAAAAGUAACUCUUCUGGAUUCUCACAUAUGUAACAUUGUAGCUGUAUCUUUAUAAGCAGGGUCACUCGACAAAAUCACACACAUAAAAGUUUCUAAGAAGCACUUAAAGAAAGGACGAAUGAAUCAGUAUCACUUCCAAUAUCACUUGCUAGAGGUGUAUUGUAAAAAAGAAAAGCCAUCAUGGCUGUGUCCUUACUUGAUAGCCUUAAUGACAUAAAAAAACAGCCAAAUGCACUAUUGCUUGUAAAGGUGCUGUCGCGAUCGCUUCGUUUUAUUUUAAACAAAGGAUAUAUUUUAGAGAAGGGCAGAGAAAAUAGGUGAAUACCGACCUUGCAAUACAGUAUUUGAAAAGUUGUGUCGUGAAAGCUGCAUCGCAAACGUCUCUGCACUCGUUGGUAUAGCUUCAUAACCGUUCUCGUAUAUUAAAGCUGUCUCAUUUCGCUCGUGUAAAAGUGCUACCGUACGAUAAGUCCGACAUUUAUAGUGAUUCCGUGUUUGUUCAUACGUACUGUAUAAAGGAAAACGACGAUAACAAAAAAUCAUUUACGUUCACCGAGACUUGUGUAGUUUGUGAAAGUGUAAAAUCUGCACGACCAUUUAAAAGCGUAUAUAUGUCACGUCUGCUCACUAUUCAUCGGAUCUAGACUGGAUGACGUUCUCAACGUUACGGUGAACACUUCAGAUCGAUUUUUACAUUACUUACAGUAUAAAUUUUAAAAGUGUAGACUUAGCACUUAUUUUCUGUUGUUGCUUAAAAUGGUAAUUUUAGAAGACAUAUUAAUUUUCUACAGUGUACAGUAUAGUUACAGCAUCUUCUUUGAUAUUACAGUAAACUUGCUGUAAGUUUAUGUUGUAGGACUACCCCCUACUGUUUUCCUUGCUUUUAAACAAAGGUACUUUUUUAAUUCUUAGUUUAUAAGAAUAUCUAUUUCUAGAUGAUAGCUUUUGGGUAUCGAAAGAUUUGGAAAAACUCGCUGAUAUAUUUACGUCGGAGCAGUCGAAUGAUUCGUUUUAUUGUAAGCUCAGAGUCAAAACCUUUUCGUAACAAAAUAUAUAUCUAUAUAAAUAUAUAUAUCUAUAUAAUACUGGUUUGAGUAAACCCCGCUGGAUUUUAAUAAAUACUUCAUUUUCUCCAUUCCCGUAAUAAUCCGAUUUACCGAACGUUGCUGCAUUUAAAUCUUUCAUCUGGCAAUGCUUUUUUAAUUCCGACUAACAUCUCGAUCCUCUCUACGAAAACUAUUCGAAAAAGGCAGAAGAUUCUCAUCAGCAUCUAUAAAAGACAGUACUGUAACCAAAACACACCACCUAACACUGUACACGCUGAGUUUUACGAUGCCUCUCCUUUGUAGAAGACAAAAAAAGUCAAGUGCCUCUUUUUACAGAUCCAAGCUGAAUUAAGCUCACAAUAAUACUGUUAUUUUUAUUCUGUAAUACUUGUCACGAAACAAACAAACAAACAAACAAAAAAAACUUUAAACAAUUCACUGCCUAAAACGAAUCGCAUAAACAUACGAACUGUCAACACAACGCAUCCCUCUAUGAGGCAAGUUUGACAACUACCAGCAAUAAUAGUUACAAAAUCAAAAAAGCAUUUGAAAUAAAAAGGACCAUUCCUAAGUAAGGGUGUUUUGUUCUCUUCUAACCCCUGAAAUCACCAAAAUAAAGCAUGUUUUAUACUACAAUAUACAGUGUUAUAUUGUUUUCAAAGUGCCCCAGUUGGAAUUACUAAAAAUGUGUGCAUAUAUUUUAAUUUCGUAUUUUUAAACUGCCUUUAGAAUAUCAAAUGCGUCGUAUAUUUUCAAAGCCCUGCUGGAAAUGUCUGCAUCUUCACUGUGCAGUUUCUUGGACGCGGUUUUGUCCAAAACGAUUUGUUCUUCCUGUGCUAUUUCUUGCGGUUCUUUUGGGGUUCUUACCUGUAAUGCUACGUUAUAUCUUGAUCACAGUACUUCAUAUUGUGAUGGUGCUUGUGAACAGAGGUCCAAUUUUUCAUUGUUGCUUCGAAAAAAUGUUCAAGUCAAACCGGAGCACCUGGUUUUCUAUAGCGUUUAAGAGAAAAGAAAAAUACGCUUUGAAUAAUUGCAGUCAACCAUAUCAUACGUUCAAUACCAAAUGACUGUAAACGCCAAGCUUUUAUUCCCAGAGGUUACAUAUGUUAGCAUGCCUGUGUUGUCUUUCUAACUCUUUCUACAUUAAAGCUCUGAAUGGAUUUCACUAUCGAUUAUACAGUAUGAUAUUCUUCUGCUUGUAUCAUAUGCUUAAAUCCAAAGACGAUGCAUUUAAUCUAUUUAUGACUACAAUGCGUGUUUGAUGUAUUUCAGAAACAAUAGAAAGUUAUACAUAUAUUUACUGGACAAAGUACAAUACAGAUUUUACAGGAGAAGCAAGCGAACAUAGUAACAGAAUAUCUUCAGAGGAAUCAUAUAUUUAUGAAAAUUCAAAUACAUGCAGUUUCACACAAAUCACACACACACGGCUACUUUGAAUAAUCGUGCUGACGGUUCGAUGAUGGUUUGUUAUUGACCACUGAUACCUGUGAGUUUGGGAUUUUGGGGGGAACUGAUGCAGUCCGCGUGCAGUAAAGACGGUGAACAGGUCAUUUGGUGAAUUCUGCGUGUUGUAUUUAAAGGCCUGUAGGAGGGCAGAUGAUAGGCUUUUUGUAUUGGACCGUCGUAUUUUCAUCUGUGAGCCGCAUGCUUUGUGCUCUCUAUACCUCUCACAUGUUAAUAUAAUAUGUUGUCCGUCUACCCAGCAACAGUAUGUUUUGUGCACACACUAGUACUUAUAGGGCUGUCACAAUGAUGAAAUAAUCGUCUCAUCGCAAUUGUUUGACCUCAUCGCGAUGAUUUCAGAUCACCGCAAUGAUUGCACAUCUCUCUAAAAAACACAAGGGGGAGCUGCAGCGCCUGUAUAAACGAGACAGUAUCAGAUUACUCUUAAUUUUUUUUAUAUAUUUACUGGCAGAUAAACCUUGCAAAAGAUUUAAUUUAAAUAACCACAACAAUCUGUACAAUUAUUUCAUAAACAAAAAAAUGUAUGAGAAUUAAAUGUCAAUAGCAAUAAACAGGCAAUUGAUCGUCUUAAUCGUCACAAUUUAUUAUACAAUUAACCUCAGACAAAUUUCAUAAUUGUGACAGCCCUAUUUUAUCAUACAAAUAUUUGGUUCAUUUAGCCUGACUACAAAAAAAAUGUUGGGUCGUUUCAACUCAUGGUUGGGUCAUAUAUGGACAAACCCAACUGUUGGGUUGUUUUUACCCAACAAUGGGUUAAAACAACCCAUCAUUUUUUAGAGUGUAUGAUGUAGAUAUAAAUUAAUACAUUUUCAAUAUGGGUAACAUUUGGCUGACAAUAAUGUGGUGCAACGUUUACACUGCUUGAUCAAAAUCGUUUACCUUUGAGAAACUACACGUCAGUUUACACCCGCAUAAUCUCAUUCACAAUGUCAAAGUGCUGUACUCAGGGUUGAGCUAAAGAUUUUUAUAUUUUGGUCCUUAAAGUUGAAUCGCCCCAAUAAAGUGACAAAAAAGAAAAUAAUUUGCAAAGUGACGGAGCACACUGUAAAAAAAUCUGUAGAAAUUACAGUGUUACUUGCAGCUGGUUGCCGGUAACUUACCGUAGAUUUAAAUUGAUGUUAUUUACUGGCAACAUUUUGUUCACAGUUAAAUGAACAUUAAACAUUUACAAGUCUGUGUCUUUACAGAGUAAAACUAAAAUAACAAAUAAAUCCUUGCCAGUAAAAAACACAAAUUUAAAUCUACGGUAAGUUACCGGCAACCAGCUGCAAGUAACACUGUAAUUUCUACAGAAUUUUUUUACAGUGCAGGUUUAAACAACAGAGGAGAAGUUUGAGUCUUUAUGUCAUAUUUUUUAAUGCUCUGAUAAAGUUGUUUCUCUAAAUAGCAGCAAAAUUACAGUGUUACUUGCAGCUGGUUGCCGGUAACUUACUGUAGAUUUAAAUUGAUGUUAUUUACUGGCAACAUUUUGUUCAAAGUUAAAUGAACAUUAAACAUUUACAAGUCUUUGUCUUUACAGAGUAAAACUAAAAUAGCAAACAAACUCUUGCCAGUAUAUAACAUAAAUUUAAAUCUACAGUAAGUUACCGGCAACCAGCUGCAAGUAACACUGUAAUUUCUACAGAAUUUUUUUACUCUGUCAUAUUUUUUAAUGCUCUGAUAAAGUUGUUUCUCUAAAUAGCAGCAAAAUAUUGAUAAAGGCCACAUAAAAAAUCAUAUAAAUAUUUUUUGUUUCUGGAAAAAGUCUAAUGUUGUUGUGUACUGUAUAUGAUAGCCUAUUUAUGGGUACAUUUUAGUGAAAUUAAUUAAAACACAUUUUUUAUUUUACUUCUAUUUUAAAGGGAUAGUUCAACCAAAAAUGAAACAUUUUGUUAUUAAUUACUCCCAAAUAUGUUGUUACAAUCUUGUAUAAAUGUCUUUGUUCUGCUGAACGCGAAGGUAUUUUAAGGAAUGUAUUUGUAUUGGGAUUUGUAAGCAAGCAGUUGUGGGGUACCAUUGACUACUAUAGUAAGAGGAAAAUGCUACCAAACUUGUUCACAAACAUUGCUCAGAAUAUCUUCCUUGGUGUUUAGCAGAACAAAGACAUUUCUAUAGGUUUAUAACAACUUGAGGGUGAGUAAAUAAUGACAGAAUGUUUAUUUUAGAGUGAACCAUCCCUUUAAAUCUGCUUUUUAAAAAUUCUAAUAGAUUUUCCAUCUCAUUUUAAAUGUACUGCAAAAUCAUUUUCAAUUGAAUUGUAAAUGGUGCUCAACCCUGCAGUUUUUGGUGCUUUGAGGCUGUAAUGGGUUUAUGGUUUCUCCUUUAACUGUUCACAUUUACAAAGGUUUACGUUGGUUGUACUCAGCGAGUGCAUAGAUGAAUGUUAUGUGCUUUUAAAACACUGCACAAUGUGUAUCAACAGGAUGCGUUUGUAGAAGAUUAGGCAAAGUAUUGGGUGGUUUGCUAAAGCAUGGAAAGGAUUUCACAGGAUAAUAUGACAUGACAUGUUUGUUUUCAUUGAGAUUUAGAGAGAACUUUCCUGGUAUUCAAUAACAGUAUCAGUCCUGGAGACGUUUAUGUCUAUUAUAGAAAUGUUUUGUAGCAACAUUGUAAAUCUGCGUACACGCACUGUAGCUCGUUCUCACGUUUUCAUCACGUUUGCUUUAAAAAUUUAAAGCGACCCCCAUAGUUAUAAACUUCAUUGUACAUACGUAAUGUUAUAGUUCGCGAAGUUAAAUGCUGCAGUCUGUAUAUAAAUCAUUUUUGUGUAUGUGACCUGCUUUGUGUCAGUCUGACGCAGAAAACACAUUUUUUACACUAAAGUCUCAGCUUUCUAAUGAUGCUAUUGUGUUUGUAAAGAUGCCGGUUGUCAUAAACUUUUGUUAUUGAAAACAUUGUCUCUGAUUGCAGACAGACAUCUUUAUAAACAUCUUUAACACAGAACAACAAUUUGACUGAAUAAAAGGUUUAUUUAAACAUCAUACCAUUAAGACGGCAAACUCAAAAAUAUAACACAAAACAAUAAAGUAAUGUUGAGUUGUUGUUUUUUUUUGCCAACUAUAUAGACAUUGCAUAACUUUUUUGAGGUACAUCACUGACAUUUCCCGUGGGUGAAACACUGCGAUUAUACAAUAAAUAAUGCGAUUUUAGGCAAAUGCAUUUACCUACUUAGAUAUUCAGGGUUUUUUUGUACUAAAAAGUAGGGUGUGAUGUGAGAGGAGGAGGAGGAGGGUUUGAAAGCUGAGACUUUGUCAAAAUCCAAACUUAACACGGCAUCAUUAACAGCUCAUUGCAACUUCUGACAAUAUAUGAUAGAAUGUGUCACGUUUUUUGGGGGGGAAGGGGGGGGGCGCAAUUUUAUUUCAUCUUCGCUUAUUUAUCUGUAAACGUUUAAAAAUCGUACAUAAUUUAUAAGACACAUGCAGAUGUGACACUAAAGUUAGGUACAUUUACAUAAUUUCGUUUUGCGAACUGUGUGAUAUACUCGUGCAUAUACAGUAGUAGAUUAGUGUAACAAACCAAUAGAUAAAGAUAGAUGAUAUACAGUACUGCUGUCUUUUUAAAAAAAAUUGGCAUCUUUUGUACUUUACAUACCUAGUUACCAUUAAACAAAACAUGAAUUCUUUUCGGCAAAGGAAAAACUAUUUAUUCUUAUCGAUCUGUGUUCUUUCCAAAAGAUAACAGUUUCAUUUCAGCAUUUUUCCUUAUUCACUCUGCUUACGUUUCUCUAUAUAAAGCUGAAUUGAUGUUUGUAACACACAGGAAUAGCAUGACUAAAUCGGUUAAAGUCUUUGGAUUCAAUAAUCUUUCUUUUCAGUUCUGGUUAAUGGAGAAUCAAGAAAUCAUCAUAAAAGUCUGAUUGACUUAACAAAUCCGGUGAGGUUUUUGGCCCACUUUUAAUGUCAUUAUUAAGUAAUGCCUAGCAUACAUAACAGAAAACAUGCCAUAAAAGCCCUGCUUAUAGAGUUUAGAAUCAUUUAUAAAUAUAAUUUUGGCUGACGAAAGUCUGUAUGUCCUCAGUUAAACAAAAUAUUUUAUUUUUUUAAAUAAAGUGAUUAAGAUACUUUGCAUCAAGUAAUAUUUGGCAUUGGUUUACUUGUUUUUUAUCUUUAUUCACGCCCUUAUUAUUGUACCAAAUGUGCUAAUUUCCCCAAGCAAAAUUUAAUUAAAGUUAAAUAAGUCCAAAGUUAAAAAUUAACAAAUUUGUUGAUCAAGCUUAUUUAUUCCUUAAAAUGUAUUCAAAUUGUAAAACACCUACUGUACUAUACUGUAGGUCUAGUUUUAUUGACACCAAAGAAUCAUUAAAACAUCAAUGUUAUGUCAAAUAGACAUAUUGAGUUAACCAUCCAAAUUUUUGGCUAAAAUGUGAUCGUUUUAAUAUUUAAUAAUACAUGAAUUUUAUUCAUGCACAAAUUUCUGUGCUUGUGAUAAAACUAAAAACCAAUUUUAUAGCGACUUAAUACAGUUUUACCCAAUCAGCCGUUCUUUCUUUCAUUCUUCAAAGUGAAUUGGUUGCAGGUUGUUUUUGUUUCAUUUUGCUUAAACUUUUCUUUCUUUAGUAUUCCAGACGCUCUGCUUACAACACAAUGGAUUCUAAGAUUUUCUUUGGAUUUGUCAAGAUGGACCAAGCCGUUUAUCUCUUGGGUUUUGCACUGAACUGUCAAUGUUUGUUUUGUUUUGCUUUCUGUUUUUGAUACCGUUCAAUUGCAAGCUCCUUCUCAUUCAGUUUCAUUUACCACAAAAUCAUCCUUCAUAAAACAACUUUAACAAACCGAUUUCUUCUUUUGAUUUUUUUCAACAUGGAAUUAAAUAAUACAUACAUUGUAAUAUUGAUAAUUCAGUCAUUCAACAUAGCGUAGAAAUUUAGUUACAUAUUUGUGCCAUUAUUUCACCCUUAAGGACCAAAUCUGGACCUUGUUUGUAACAUACAGUACAAUCGUAUAAAGAUCAUUCAAAUGUCAUGUGAAUAUAUGAAUGGAAAGUCAAUAUCAUAGUAGAAUGAUAUUUAACUGUUUGGCAAAUAAACAUUGUAAUAUAAUAAUGCAGCAUGGACAUCAUUAUAACUGUUGGGUUACGUCAAUACAUACAUCAAUAUAAAUAGUAUAGUAUACAAUCCCUAUUUUUGGACAUCAGCUUCUUGGUGUUUAUUUUUUAAGGUGAGCAGGGUUUAGAGAAAAGCUAAGUACAUUUUAAAACCACAGAUUUAAAGCCAUACCAUGUGUCUUCAGUUUAUUCUUGUUUUCUUCAUACUUCAUUUUCAUAAAAGUUUUAUAAAGCAUUCAAAACUGAGCAAAUGUGGAGCUGUCGUAGUAAAGGUAUUAAGAUCAUACAGUAUUGAAACCGGCCUGAAAUUAAAUGCAUCCAAAGGAGGCAAUAACAUGAAAGUGCUUAAAUAUACCGUUCCACCAAAUGGUCAGGCAUUAUUAUAAGAUAUUGUGAAAGCAAAGAGAGGAUUUGAAUCGAUACAGUGGGUGAAUUUAACAUGCAGAGCUUUAUUACUGUAAAAAACAUACCUGCUGUUGUUUAAAGGAAUAAGGAUUUGUUUAGCGUUUAGUGUGUGUAAAGGCCAUUUUAUUUUCAUUUUAUUUUUUGUGUGUAUGUCAAACACUGGACUAAAGUGAUUUCUCAAAAGUUUUCAUCAUUUGUAAAACAUGACCACGGGACAGGAAACCCAGAAAUCAACACACACUCGACCGUUUCUAAAAGUAAAAU